AUGUCGGGGAAUCCCCUCAACUCAAACCGACCGCUUCGAGUCAUUAUUAUCGGAGCAGGUGCUAGUGGCCUCCUAAUGGGAUACAAGCUCCAGCGCAAUUUCGACGACCUUUACUUCCAAAUCUACGAGAAGAACCCCGAUGUCGGCGGGACCUGGUAUGAGAAUCGGUAUCCUGGGUGCGCGUGCGAUAAUCCGUCUCACACGUAUGUCUGGUCAUUUGAUCCUAAUCCGACGUGGUCGAGCACAUACGCCCCAAGUACCGAGAUAUACGAUUAUUUCAAGCGAUUCCAGUUCCGGAGUAACCUAGGCGAGAAGACUAAGGUUUCACAUCAGGUUGUUGGAGCCAAGUGGGAUGACGGGGCUGGUAAGUGGAAUGUCGAGAUUCGAGAUAUUGUGAACGGUGUUGUUUUAAAUGAUUCAUGCGAUGUCCUUGUUAAUGCGGGCGGUAUUUUGAAUGCGUGGAGGUGGCCUGCUAUUCCUGGCCUGCAUGAUUUCAAAGGUAGACUUGUUCACAGUGCGGCGUGGGAUCAAGAUCUCGACCUUGCUGGCAAGCAUGUGGGAUUGAUAGGGAAUGGCUCAUCGGGGAUCCAAAUUCUACCUGCAAUCCUUCCACAGGUAUCCAAAUUAACCACCUUCAUUCGUGAGCCAUCAUGGAUUGUCGCUGGUGUCGCGGGAUUCGAACCUCGGAAAUUUGAAGAGAAUGAGAAGAAGGAGUUUGCCAAAGAUCCAAGCACAUUGCUCAAAUUCCGUCGAGGGAUCGAGCAGAAUAUGAACAGAAUAUUUCCCCUGUUUCUUGCAGACUCUCCAACUCAACAGCGGUCGCGUGAGAGCUUCAGCGCCUCUAUGCAGGGUGUUUUAAAUGACCCUGCGUUUGUCGAUCAAUUGAUUCCGAAGUGGGCCGUGGGGUGUCGACGUAUCACGCCUGGAGUGGGAUAUCUAGAGUCGCUCACGGAUGAGAAAACAGCAGUCAUAUAUGGUGGAAUCGCGAGAAUUUCGCCAGAGGGUUGUGUCACGGAAGAAGGGGACGAAUACGCAGUCGACGUUCUAGUCUGUGCGACUGGAUUCGAUACUACCUUCAAGCCACGAUUCCCCUUGGUUGGCUCUCAAGGGCGUCAACUUGCGGAGGACUGGAAAGAUGAGCCUCGAAGUUAUCUAGGCGUCGCAGCUCCUGGUUAUCCAAAUUACUACAUGUUCCUUGGACCAAAUAGCCCAAUUGGAAACGGACCUGUCCUUAUUGGCAUCGAAGCACAAGCCGACUACAUCUGCCAGCACAUAACCAGAAUCCAACAACAAGGCAUCAAAUCAAUCGAAGUGACCAAAGAAGCAGUGGACGAUUUCAUCGAAUUCAAAGAUCAGUAUAUGAAGCAAACAGUUUGGGACCAGGACUGUCGAUCCUGGUAUAAGGGUAAUACAGCCGAUGGCAAAAUCGUGGCACUAUGGCCAGGAAGUACAAUUCACUACGUCGAAGUCUUGAAAAACGUGCGAUACGAUGAUUUCAAAGUCCGGUAUUUUGGGAACCGCUUUGACUAUCUUGGGAAUGGGAUGACGAAAAUUGAAAUGACCCCCGAUGCGGACUUGGCGCAGUAUGUCCGCAAUGAAGAUGACGCUCCGAUAAUUGGGUCAAAGUUCACUUAUGUGAAGGCUUCUCCGGAACAGCAGAUUCCUGCUGAUGUUAUAACUGCGGAUUCGAGGGCAAAUGGAAGCGCAGGAUCAUGA